CUCAAUCUCUUCUCACCUGUCUCUUACAACCUAUUUCUUCCCCACACUCUCUGUCUUUCUUGCUCUACUCCUCUCUCAACUCUUCUCCUCACUCAAGUCUCUUUAUUUCUUUCAAUUGGUGUCCUCUUUCCUUCUCCCUGAGACUCCAACACACACACACGCACACAACCUGCGGCACAAUACCUGUGUGUAGCAGAGUGUGUUGCCCUGAGUCCAUUUCAUUCUUGUAAGGAGCAGAAGCAGGAAAGGACAGUGAGAUGGUGUAGAAAGACAACUGACGACCGGAUUGAUGAAGUUGCUCACCUGGCUGCUGAGUCUCUGACAGUGAUGAUGAUAUGGGAACUGAUUCUUUCUGUCUGCAUUCCUGUUUGUACUUGGAAUGAAUGAAUUUUAAACCUGGACUGACAGAUGGAUGUUUCUGAACUGUGUUUUCCAGACACACACGGCUGCCACAACCAGAUUCUGAGCAGGAUGCCCACUGACCUCCAGGAGCAUCACCUGACCUCUAAUUGUGGCUCUUACAUCAAGACUGAGCCCUCCUCUCCCUCCUCUUCAUUGGUUGACACCUUCAACCACCACUCCCCUUCGGCCAAUAGCGACACCAGCGGUGGCUACAUCAACAUAAACAACCUCAACGGACACGGUCUUGACCCCCCGCCAGUGUUCAACCCCAGCAUGCUGGUGGGGGGUGGAGAUUGUCUCCGGCACUAUGACGACUGUGGAGGAAGCUUGGCAGACAACACGCCGAUCAAGUGCGAGUAUAUGUUGAAUGUGAUUCCAAAGAGGCUAUGCUUGGUAUGUGGGGACAUCGCAUCAGGCUACCACUAUGGGGUCGCCUCCUGUGAAGCCUGUAAAGCUUUCUUCAAAAGGACCAUACAAGUCAGCAGACGCUCUAAUCCAGAGCAACAUACAAGGAACAUAGAGUACAGCUGUCCUGCAACAAAUGAGUGUGAGAUCACCAAAAGGCGGCGCAAGUCCUGCCAAGCCUGUCGCUUCAUGAAGUGUCUCAAAGUCGGAAUGCUGAAAGAGGGUGUUCGACUGGAUCGAGUGAGAGGUGGAAGGCAGAAGUAUAAGAGGAGAAUGGGAGACACAGAACAUGGAACAUAUCUAUCCCUGACCCUACCUCCUCCUGACAAAAAACCUUUGAUUAAGAUUGUGUCUCACCUGCUGGUGGUGGAGCCAGAGAAGAUCUAUGCCAUGCCUGAUCCAACAGUGCCAGAUGGGGACAUCAAAGCUCUGACCACUCUUUGUGAUUUGGCUGAUAGGGAACUGGUGGUCAUCAUUGGUUGGGCCAAACAUAUCCCCGGCUUCUCCAGUCUGUCCCUGACCGACCAGAUGAGUCUUCUGCAGAGUGCCUGGAUGGAGGUCCUUGUGCUAAGUAUCGUGUUCCGCUCUCUGGCCUUUGAGGGAGAGCUGGUCUAUGCUGACGACUAUGUGGUGGAUGAAGAGCAUGCUAGACUAUCAGGCCUACUGGACCUGCAUGUAGCCAUCCUUCCACUGGUGCAGCGCUAUAAGAAGCUACAAGUUGAGAAGGAGGAGUUUGUCAUGCUCAAGGCCAUCGCCCUCCUUAAUUCAGACUCCAUGCAUAUUGAGGAUGUGGAUGCAGUUCAGAGGCUUCAGGACUCUCUCCAUGAGGCACUACAGGACUUGGGAAGUUCCCAGCACACGGAAGACCCUCAGCGGGCAGGAAAGCUCCUGAUGACACUCCCUCUGCUCCGGCAAACUGCUGCCAGGACCCUGCAACACUUCUUCAGCAUCAAGGUGCAGGGGAAAGUGCCAAUGCACAAACUCUUCCUAGAGAUGCUGGAAGCCAAGGCUUGACGAUUGAGCCAGAGGCUUGACAGACAGCUGCAUAACUCAAUAAGGAUAAAGGACAGCCUGUGAAUAGGCCUGGCAAUGCCAUGGAGACUUAUUACUAUUACACAUAACAAAGAAAGUUGAAUACUGUUUCUGCGGUACCAAGCAUAUACCUAAAAUGGAAAACAGUAAUAUUGGGAAAAUAGACAAUCUAAUACAAUAUUAAAGGCUCAGAUUGAUAUGGGAUAUGAUACUGUAUAUAAAGAUUGUGUGUACAGAAAUUGGCUCUGUGGGUCUCAUUGUAGACAGAGAUCCGUUGCUAAAU